GAAGGAAACAAUUAACAGAGGAAAUUUGAGUAUAGAGUAACAUUAUAUUUUUCAUUAAUCUUUGUCGUUACAGAGAGAUAUUUGUACUAUUUUUCUUUUUCACAAAAGCUCGAUGCAAUACAGUGAUAUAAUUCGUCUAGUGGCGUGGCGCUUGCUUAUUGGUCAAUAGUUGUCCUUACAAUACCACUUCCCGCACGCCAAUUCCUAUAGAAAUCCCUCUUCCCUCGUAGAUCUUGGAUUCUGAGCAAAGCAAUCCUCUCUCAUCGCUCACCGGAAUAAAGAACUCUCAGAAGCUGUUCAGGAUAUUGGGCUCUGCGAUUAAAAGUUUAAGAUGCAGGCAUCAAGAGCUAGGCUUUUCAAGGAAUACAAAGAGGUUCAACGAGAGAAAGUUGCAGAUCCAGAUAUUCAGUUAGUUUGUGAUGACUCCAACAUUUUUAAGUGGACGGCUCUCAUCAAGGGACCAUCGGAGACUCCGUUUGAGGGUGGCAUAUUCCAGCUUGCUUUUGCAGUGCCUGAGCAGUAUCCAUUGCAACCUCCACAAGUCAGGUUCUUGACAAAAAUAUUCCAUCCAAAUGUGCAUUUCAAGACAGGAGAGAUAUGCCUUGACAUUUUGAAGAAUGCAUGGAGCCCUGCUUGGACACUUCAGUCUGUUUGUAGGGCUAUAAUUGCUUUAAUGGCCCAUCCAGAACCUGAUAGCCCGCUGAACUGUGAUUCAGGCAAUCUUCUGCGUGCUGGCGAUAUCAAGGGGUACCAUUCCAUGGCAAGAAUGUACACUAGGCUUGCCGCCAUGCCCAAAAAAGGUUGAAGUGUUGUGGUGUAUGUAACUUCUCUUCUCAAUUGUAGGGCUUCGGCCACCUUGUAUGGGAUUGUGUAAUAAUAUUGUCAAAUUUCAUUGGGGGUUCAUCUUCUUGUUCCAGCACUUUAACAUGUAAAAAAAAUAAAAAAUAGUAGCUGACAUUCAUUUUUUAAUAUGAUGGUUCUGUAGAAUUAUUGCUAAAUUUUGCGGAAAUAAAGUUACCAGCUAAACAAAA